GAAAAUAUUUACAGCGCAAAUUCACUCAAGCUCAAAUAGAUUCAUAUUCGUAAGAUCUCAAGAAAACAAGAUGAUAGGAAAAAGUGCAACGCUUUUGUUGCUCGUGUGUUUAGCUGGAAUUCAUGGAUUUUACGUUAAAGAAAACGACAAAGAUAUUAGCAAAGAUUUUGAGAAACGACACAUAUUUGGAGGAAAUGAAUGUUUGACAAACUCGGACUGCCAAUCAAUAUUUGAAACAUGCCUUAUAAAACCAUCAACAGGACUUGGUACAUGCACAGUAAUGAUUGAAAUGGAGAAAAAGUCACUAUCAAAGCUUGGACGUGCCUGUGACAGCCAUCGAGAAUGCUUGAAAUCUGAUGUGUUUGCAGUAUGUUUGAGAAGAACAUGUGUGGAUAUACCACUUGGUAGCCGCCGUACAUGAAGUCGGACCAAAAAAUUAGUCUCCACGUGUCUUUCAACUUUCAACAUGCUUUUCCUGCCCGAACUCAAAUUGGAUCGCUCAAAAGUAUGAUGGAUUCUUGAGCGAUUGUAAUUAGAGGAUGUGUAAAUAAAAUAUUUAGAAAAUGAUCGAUUAUCGAUUAUGUGAAAAUUAAAUGGAAUUAAUUGAGAAUAUGAA